AUGAACCAAAACACUCAAAAUUCAGAUAAUUUUGUAAAGGAAUCCACUGCAUCUGGUAGCCAGAUAAAGGGGAGCCCUGGUGGCACCGAGCCUCCAAUUGUUUUAGGCCCGGAUGGUAAGCCAUGUAGAGCAUGCACAGACUUUAAAAGCUGGACCAAGCAAAUGACAGGAAGUGUGGUAGGAAAAACAGCCCCUGCAAUGGCGAGUUCCUUGGAUACACCUGUCAAAGAUACACAUAAAGAACCUCCUAAGCAAAAACCAUUAGCUAGUGGACCAGAUUGUCCUUUGGAUAAAGGUGAAUUAGGCCGUAAUACAUGGGGAUUUUUGCACACUAUGGCUGCCUAUUACCCAGAAACACCAACAAGUAAGCAACAAAGGGAGAUGACUGAUUUUAUAAAGAUUUUCUCCAAGUUCUACCCAUGUGAAUGGUGUUCAUAUCAUUUAAGAGAAAGGCUGAAAACAGAUACCCCAGAUACUUCAAGUAAUAAAGCAUUGUCUCUCUGGUUUUGUGAUUAUCACAAUGAAGUAAACAGAAGACUAGGCAAAAAAGAAUUUGAUUGUUCAAAAGUCUUUGAAAGAUGGAGAGAUGGCUGGGCGGAUGGCUCUUGUGACUGA